AUGGGCCAAAAUUUGGAGGACAACAGUUGGAAUAUUUUUCUUCAUUUGAAACCGUUCCACCGUACUCGCAUCGUAUUAUGUGGAAUGCCGUCGAAUCACAAAUCGAUCCUGCGUAUAGUGCUCGACGCAGUCCUUGACGAGUUGUUCGGUAAAAGCCCUCGACUAGACCGCUCGACACUGCAUUCGAAUGUGUUUGUUGAUGAUUCGAUUCCCUCUUUGUUUCAGUUUGCUCUCCCCUGA